AUGUGCCGAUACCCAAACCCCUUAACAAAAGUUACCGAGGCCGGCCCCAGAAGCAACCAGAAGGCCCACCCUAAACCACAUCAGUCCGGGGUAGGGACGGGGGUGGCCAAGAACAAUAUUUACAGGUUACUGGAACUGCAGUUGAUUGGGGCGACCGGCUUAUUGGGUCAACAAAAAGAAACUAAUAAUUUCGGGUAUGUUGGGCUCGUUGUUCCUGAUUUUGUAGAAGCGCAGACGUAUUUUGAAGCGCAGAGGGUGACGGUUCUUAAGAGGGAUGGUGAAACUGUGGAGGAUUUUAGCGGGUCUGUGCGUAAUUUGACGGGCAUUGUAGAGUUCGCUGGAUUUCAGAUUCAGCAGCAGUAG